UCUAUGUGCCAAUGUGUGGCUAAGUUGCCUUUGACUGUGCUGUCACUGUUUAAUUAGCACUAACAUAUACCCUUCCUCUGUUUUAUUUAACUAUCCAAUUAUUGGAAGUUGAAUUCAAAAAAAUGGAUGGUUUGGGGCUUCUGCGGAUUCGAGUCGAGCGGGGUAUGAACCUCGCUGUGCGCGACACGAGGACUAGCGAUCCUUACGUCGUCAUCGAAUGCGCCUCUCAGAAGGUGAAGACUAGAGUUGAGAAAGACAACUGCAAUCCAGUUUGGAAUGAAGAGUUGACAAUAUUAAUCAAAGACAUAAAUGCUCCCAUCACUAUAUCAGUGUACGAUCACGAUACAUUCAGUCGAGACGACAGCAUGGGGAGUGCAAAAAUAGACAUAAAGCGUUUGGUAGAAUGCGUGGAAAUGGGGUCGCAGGAUCUCCCAGACGGCACACAGCUUGGCAGAAUGGAGGCGAGCAACGACAACUGUUUGUCGAAGGAGAGCUGCAUCGUGUGGAAGAAAGGGAAGGUAGUUCAGGAGAUGAUUCUCAGACUUGGAGGGGUGGAAUGCGGCGAGCUCCACAUCCAGAUCGAGUGGCUUCACCUUCCAUGAUAUAUGCUCAAUUAUAAGUGAAUUGCCUUUUAGUAUUAGCAUUUUUGUUGUUGUUGUUGUGAUGUGGUGUUGUACAACAAGAAACUGGGGCUGCUGCUCUUGUGAAACUUUAUUCACAUAUGAGUUUGUUAUUUUAGUAAUAGGCUACAAGUUUGAGACUCCAA